GGAAUAGAACUACUCCGUACAAAGCAUGAACUUCUAAACUACGAUUAUAGUCUCUCCUCUUUCUCCCCUCCUUACAUCCGCCAGGAUUUCCGUCUCCCUCCCUUGUUUACCUGACCUUCUUCUGGAUCCGAACUAUUGUCGCGAUCUGUUUCUACCCGAAGCGAUACCGCUAUUAUUGUUUCGGACCCUCCAUGAUCACCGCGAGUCUUUACUCUUAAGGAGUUUUAGCUAUGGAGGUCGCCUCUGCCGGGGUAUCGAAUGGUGUCUCCGCACCAACUCAGGCAUCUUUCGUGGACACGAGUGUUAUAAUCCAGUAUUUGAGCGAUGUGCUGCAAGUAACUUUGGGAGCUCUGAGAACCGAGCUAGAAAGGACUGGCAGCUUGCUUUCGGAUGCGAAAUACAAUGAAACAGUGCAACGAUGUACGCGAUUUACUUCGGAAUCUCAGGUCGCACUUUAUGUGCAAAAGGAUCUGGUAGCAUCUGAAGAGGCAACUGGUACAGACGAUGAAGCGUCGUCAACCCACUAUAUUUAUAAUCUCUCCGCCGAAAUCUCGUCCUCCUCCACUACGGUCGCAACAGUUGCCUUCAUCAAACGACCUGCCGCUAUUGAUCCGAUGCUGCCUAUGUCCUCCCAGAUCCAGGUGAUGAAUUUUCCUGGGCCAGCAUCUCUAAGCAAUGCGCAAGCUCAGCAAAACACUUCGUUGUCGCCAUAUGAAAUUCUUCAUCUCCUGGUGCACCAUGGGCUGAGCCCAUAUUUCGAAGCCAACAGUCGUAACCAGGACACUGCCAGCGGCUUGAAGCCUAGGACGGAUACGGAAGCGAAGACUGGUGUUCCUAUGACCAAGAAGAAGUUUGCAGAGUUGGAACUUGGACUUCUACACUUGCAGCAAAAUGUUGAGAUCCCGGCACUGAGCUUGCCGCUCCACGAGGUAGUACAAGCUGCUCUGACCGAGGCAGAGAAGCGAAGUGUCAAGCCUUCUGUGGAGCUAAUCGAACCCACGAUACUCGAGAGCAGUACUUUUAUCAAUAGCAUCCAAACCAAUGUGAACACCUGGAUCAAAUCUAUCCAAACCAUCACCAAGAUGUCUCGUGACGCUGAUAGCGGAUCGGCAGCUCAAGAGAUCAAUUUUUGGUUAUCCAUGGAGACUGCACUUGAGGGGAUCGAGAACCAACUACGUGGUGAUGGUGUCCAAUUGACUAUGGAUAUUCUCCGCCAUGCAAAGCGAUAUCAAGCUACACUUAGUUUUGUAGCAGACACCGGUCUCCGCGAGGCUGCCGAUUUGGUUCAAAAGUAUAACCAACUUAUGCGGGACUUCCCAUUGGAUGAGCUUCUCUCUGCCACGACUUUGCAGAAGGUGCAAGAAUCUCUCAAUCUAAUCUUCAACCACCUCAACAAGAAGCUCAAGAUCUGCCCCUACCCGAUCAAGCGAGCUCUUGCACUUGUCGAAGCCAUAUCCGGUGAUCUAGACUCACAGGUCCAUUCUUUGCUUCACGGUCGGACUAUCUUACACUUGGACUACCGCGAGUUUCGCUCUUUAAUGAAGACUUGUGGCGCCAUUUGGCGGACCUGGGACGAAAAUUUGAAAGAAUUCACCAACGUUGCGCGUGAGUCUACGAGACGCAGGAACGAAAAGUUUAUCCCUAUUAAGAUCGCUGCACGCCACGAGAAGACCCAGGAGCGUUUAAAAUACAUCAACACAUUCCGGGUUAAUCAUGAACAGCUUCAAAGGACUAUCGUAAACGUUCUCGGUCCGAAGAGCUCUUCCGCAGGGGAGACAGCUACCGGAGCUAACUCUGAUGGUGCGGUGAUUGUCGAGGAAAUCGGAGAUGUGGAUGCAGUCGAAGAAGUCGCACAGGCUUAUGCUGCCUUGAAGAAUGUGGACGUGUUAGACGUGUCUGAUGAGGGAACUCAAUCAUGGAUACAGGAAGAGAUCGCAUAUAAUGAGCGUACGUCCCGUGUGGAGAACUCGAUAAUUGCCCGUCUUCGGGACCGACUAGCUACGGCUAAGAAUGCCAAUGAAAUGUUUCGUGUCUUCUCAAAGUUCAAUGCGCUUCUUGUUCGUCCCAAGAUCAGAGGUGCAAUUGGGGAGUAUCAGACGCAGCUUAUCGACAACGUGAAGCAGGAUAUCUCUUCCUUGCACGAGCGUUUCAAGCAGCAGUAUGGCCACUCUGAGGCGCAUGCAAUGGCGCAAUUGCGUGAUCUCCCUCCCGUAUCCGGUGCGAUUGUAUGGGCACGUCAAAUCGAACGGCAACUCGAUGCCUAUAUGCGCAAGGUCGAAGAUGUGCUGGGUGAAGACUGGCAUCUACAUUCCGAAGGACAGAAGCUCCAAGCUGAGAGCAACCUCUUCAGGAAGAAGCUUGAUACUCGACCGGUCUUCGAAUCGUGGUUGCACGAUGUGCAAAGACGCCAUAUCACAAUAUCUGGCCGCUUAUUCAAUGUUGUCCGCAAUCGAGCCGCUGGAAACACUUUGGAGCUCACAGUCAACUUCGAUGCCCAAGUCAUUGCUUUGUUUAAGGAGGUUAGAAACCUUAUUUGGCUUAAUUUCCAAGUGCCUCAUGCCGUUAGCAAUAUAUCCAAAGAAGCCAAGCGCGUGUAUCCCUUCGCCAUCAGUUUGAUGGAGAGUGUUCGUACCCUGCUGCAAACCAACCGGUCCAUUGCAUCUAUGACAGAUGUUGCAAUCCUGCUCAACGGAUACGUGAAUGAUGCCCAAGGCAUGAUUGUAAAAGGAAUUCCGCUCCGGUGGGAGUCAUUUGUUCACUCGUACGAGCUCCAUGUAAAGCAGUCAGCUUUGGCCAAUGGUGCUAUUGAAUCUACCAUUCCUAGCAGAGGGGAAAGCAAACAUGUCCAGUUUGUUCGUGAAUUUGCGGGCUCAGCCUCUGUGCUCCAGUCUAAAACUGCCGUUCUGGCUUCGAUCAACGAGAGUAUCCAGAAGGCUAUCCACGAACUCAAAACAUGCCCCUAUGACGCUUCGGCAUUUAAGCAGCGUCUUGAUGCUAUUCAAGUUGCCGUAGAUAAGCUGAACUUGGAGAAUUAUGUUAACCUUGGUUACUGGGUUGCAAACUUAAACCAAAAGAUCGAGACCAUUUUACGUGAUCGCCUCCACCGAGCUAUACGUGAAUGGAUAAAUUCUUUCCAGGAAGCGAAGAAUGGAGAGCACAGUUUGCAACUUAUGAAUGGAGGCCAUCAGCUUGCCACUGGUGAAGGAGAAGCUUUGGCUUACAAUAUUGAAUUCCCUGGCCUGGUUCAUGAGAUUUCUAUGCGGAACCAAGUCCUCCAUCUAGACCCUCCUUUGCAAUUCGCUCGUGCGAGCUGGCUCUCGCGAUUUGAUAACUGGCUAGGCGUUGUUUGCAACCUUGAGAAAAUCAAAUCUUCCCGGUAUCAAAUUUCGAUCGAUGUACAAAAGGUGCACUUUUCCGAAUCUUGCUUUGCAAAUCUCCCACAGCAUUGUACCGACGAACUCAACCAAGUUUACAAUGCCAUCGAGGCUAGACUGAAGGAGGUAUCGGAGUACGUUGAUAAAUGGUUGCAAUUUCAAUCACUCUGGGAUCUACGGUCAGAGCAAGUAUAUGAUAUCCUCGGGGAUGACUUGUCUCAAUGGCUACAGUUGCUUCAGGAGAUCCGUAAAAGUCGAGCUACCUUCGACACUUCGGAAGUGAGCAGGUCGUUUGGUAAUAUCAAGGUAGAUUACGAGCAGGUCCAGACCAGAGUCAAUGCCAAGUACGAUCAAUGGCAGCACGAGAUCCUACUGAAGUUCGGAUCUAAGCUCGGAGGCCGAAUGAGAGAAGUCCAUUCUGAGAUUGCCUCUGCUCGACGUGACCUAGAAGGACAAACUCUAGAAGCUGCUUCAACAGCCCAUGCGGUCUCAUUCAUUACGAUAGUGCAACAGUGCAAGCGUAAGGCAAAAGUAUGGGAGCCCGAAGUUGAUCUUUUCCGACAAGGCCAGGCCACACUUGCACGCCAACGUUAUCAAUUUCCCAGUGACUGGCUUCACGUGGAGAAUGUCGAUGGCGAGUGGGCAGCUUUGAACGAAUUGCUUGCACGAAAGAGCAAAAUUGUCCAAGACCAAACAGAGGGACUGCGUGCUAAGAUUACUGCGGAGGACAAAGUUAUCGGUGACAAGAUCACCGAAGUCAUUGCCCAGUGGAAUGAAGAAAAACCUGUGUCUGGCACGAUUCCACCUGAUGAAGCUUCUCGCACACUGAGCUCGUUCCAGUCACGCCUAGAGGGCCUUCAGUCCGAAUAUGAGAUGGUAUCUAAAGCAAAAGAGGCUCUAGACCUGCCAGCAGGCGCAGAGUCUGCUUUGCCAGCAAUCCUCGAAGAAGUCCAAGAUUUCAUGUCUGUGUGGGCUGCUCUGUCAACCAUCUGGAAGAGUCUGAAUGACCUUAGGGACAUGCUUUGGACGAGCGUACAGCCAAGAAAACUUCGUCAAUCGAUUGAUGGUUUGAUUAAGAUGACAAAGGAGAUGCCUAGCCGAAUGCGCCAGUAUGCUGCUUUUGAGCAUAUCCAAAAUGUCCUCAGACAGCUGCUGAAAGUCAACCCCCUACUUUCCGACAUGAAGUCUGAAGCUGUUCGGGAAAGGCACUGGCACAAAAUCUAUAAAUCACUCAAACCUGGGAAGAGAUUUUCUCUUGUCUCUUUGACCCUCGGGGAUGUGUGGGAUUUACAGCUCACCGCUAGCGAGACAGUGAUCCGUGAUAUCAUCGCUCAAGCCCAAGGUGAAAUGGCACUAGAGGAAUUCUUGAAAUCUGUCCGAGAGACGUGGCAAAAUUACUCCCUUGAUCUUGUCAAUUAUCAAAACAAAUGUCGCCUGAUCCGCGGUUUCGACGAUCUCUUCGCGAAGUGCAGCGAGAACUUGAACUCUCUGCAGGCAAUGAGGCAUUCGCCAUACUUCAAAGAGUUUGAAGAGGAGGCGUCUUCCUGGGAAGACAAGUUAAACCGUGUUCAUGUUCUGUUUGACGUGUGGAUCGACGUUCAGAGACAGUGGGUCUACCUCGAAGGUGUCUUCACCGGUAAUGCCGAUAUCAAACAUCUCCUUCCUCUGGAAUCAAGCCGCUUCCAGAAUAUUAACUCGGAGUUCUUCGCUGUGAUGAAGAAAGUGUAUAAGUCGCCUUUUGUGCUCGAUGUACUUGCCAUCAAUGGUGUACAGAAGUCAUUGGAGAGAUUGGCGGAGCUCCUUAACAAGAUUCAGAAGGCAUUAGGUGAAUACCUAGAGCGAGAGCGUGUCUCGUUCCCUCGCUUUUAUUUUGUCGGUGAUGAAGAUCUUCUCGAAAUCAUCGGUAACAGCAAUGAUAUCUUCCGUGUGGCGAAGCACUUCAAGAAAAUGUUCGCCGGGCUGUCAGGAGUCCUCAUGGAUGAUGAUAGCAACAUUGUUGGUUUUACAUCUAAGGAGGGCGAAGAAGUUCGACUGAAGAAAGAAAUCAACCUUGUGAAAACACCUAGGAUCAAUGACUGGCUUACUGCUAUUGAAAGUAGCAUGAAAUUGACGCUUGCAGAGCUCCUCGCCGAAGCUGUCGAGCAGUUUGAACCACUGUAUCAUGCCACUGAGGUUGACCAAACUGCUUUUAAUGACUUCCUCGCCAACUAUCCCGCCCAGAUUGUCGUUCUCGCGAGUCAAGCAGUUUGGACGAAUACGGUACAAAAGUCCUUGGAGAAUGGCGGAACUAAUCUUCCAGCACUGUAUGAUUCGCAAGUUAGAGUGCUUGAACUUCUGGCCGCCACGGUCCUUGGUGACUUAGACGCAAUUAGCAGGAAGAAAUGUGAACAUAUGAUCACAGAAUUUGUCCACCAGCGUGACGUUAUCUCGAAGCUCAUUGAAUCCAAUGCUGGAACCCCCAUGCACUAUCUCUGGUUGCUCCAGAUGCGCUAUGUUUAUCAGCCGGAAGGCGAUUUCCUUCAGCGGCUAUAUGUUCACAUGGCUAAUGCCAAAUUAAACUAUGGAUUUGAGUACUUGGGGGUUCCUGAACGCCUCGUCCGCACACCUCUUACGGACCGCUGUUUCCUGACGCUCACGCAAGCGUUGUGUCAAAGACUGGGUGGCUCACCUUAUGGUCCAGCCGGUACCGGAAAGACCGAAUCGGUUAAAGCGCUAGGCCUUCAGCUUGGUCGCUUUACUCUUGUGUUCUGUUGUGAUGACACGUUCGAUUUCCAGGCUAUGGGCCGAAUCUUCCUUGGUAUCUGCCAAGUUGGUGCUUGGGGCUGUUUUGACGAGUUUAACCGUCUAGAAGAACGAAUCCUUUCAGCCGUUUCUCAGCAAAUUCAGAAUAUCCAAAUCGGCCUUAGGAAUGGCGAAACCGAUGAAAAGGCGCAAAUCGAGCUUGUUGGUAGACGACUUUCUGUCAAUCGCAACACUGGAAUUUUCAUCACAAUGAAUCCGGGCUACGCAGGACGUUCCAAUCUACCCGAUAAUUUGAAGAAAUUAUUCAGAAGCGUUGCAAUGUCCAAGCCCGACAAAGAGUUAAUCGCUGAGGUUAUGCUUUUCUCUCAGGGAUUCAAACAGGCCAAGAUUUUGUCUACACAGACAGUGCCUUUCUUCGACCGCUGCUCCUCACAACUGUCAAAGCAAGCUCACUAUGACUUCGGCUUGCGUGCUCUAAAAAGUGUCUUGGUAAGCUCAGGAGGUCUUAAGCGUACUCGUAUCGCUAACAAUGACGGCGACCUGGGACCUGAUGAAAUUAUCGAGCCCCAAAUCAUCGUCCAAAGCCUCCGGGAAACCAUUGCUCCCAAGCUAGUCCGGGAAGACGUUGAAAAGAUGUUAGAGAUUCAGUCUGACGUUUUUGCUGGAGUCGAGUAUGUGCCUGCAAACUAUGAAAAACUCACCGCAGCUGUCCGUGAGAUUGCCCAUGAACUGCACUACGUUGACAGUGAGAUGUGGAUUACCAAGGCGCUCCAGCUUUAUCAAAUCCAAUGCAUCCAUCACGGUGUGAUGAUGGUGGGCAAAUCAGGCUCUGGAAAAUCUGCCGCUUGGAAAAUUCUUCUCCAAGCCUUGCAACGAAUUGAAGGCGUGGAAGGUGUCUCUCAUAUCAUAGAUUCGAAGGUCAUGUCCAAAGAGGCGCUCUAUGGUAAUCUUGACAGCACCACUCGAGAAUGGACCGACGGCUUGUUCACAGGCAUACUGAGAAAGAUAGUUGAUAACCUUCGAGGUGAAGAUACGAAGAGGCACUGGAUUGUGUUCGAUGGUGAUGUUGACCCCGAAUGGGUCGAAAAUCUUAACAGUGUUCUUGACGACAACAAGCUUUUGACUCUUCCUAACGGAGAGCGUUUGAAUCUACCUCCGAAUGUACGUAUUAUGUUCGAGGUCGAGACACUCAAGUAUGCUACAUUGGCAACAGUCAGUCGUUGCGGUAUGGUGUGGUUCAAUGAAGAUACCGUCACACCCUCAAUGAUGAUUUCCAAUUACGUUGAGUCCCUCAGGACGAGGACCUUUGAAGAUCUGGAUGAUGACAGCGCCCCUGCAGGCCAGGCUGCCAUUAAAACUCAGGAUGCGCAGGAUAUGGUUUCCAAUGUUUUCAAGCACCUCAUGCAGAGCAGUGACCUCAUCCUGACUUCUCUAGAGGAGGCCAAGAAGUAUAACCAUAUCAUGGAGUUUACCGAUAUACGUGCCCUCAAUACCUUGUUCAGUCUCUUGAACAAGGCUUGUAGGAACGUCUUAGAGUACAAUGUCCAGCAUGUUGAUUUCCCGCUUGAUUCUGAGCAGAUAGAAUCCUACGUCUCCAAGAAGCUACUUCUAGCGCUUGUAUGGUCAUUCACUGGAGACUGCCCACUGGUUGAUCGCCAGUUAUUCGGGCAAUUUGUGUCUGCUUUGUCCACAACUGACCUACCACCUGAGGGCUCGUCGUCUCUUAUCGAUUUUGAUGUUACUUUGCCCACGGCUGAGUGGUCCAGUUGGCAAUCGCAAGUUCCUACCAUUGACAUCAAUACCCAUUCUAUCACGCAGACCGAUGUGGUCAUCCCCACAGUCGACACCGUUCGCCAUGAAGAUGUUCUCUAUUCUUGGCUUGCAGAGCAUAAACCAUUGUUGCUUUGCGGUCCCCCAGGUUCUGGUAAAACCAUGACCUUAUUUGCUGCCCUUCGGAAACUUCCCAACAUGGAGGUUGUCGGUCUCAACUUUUCUAGUGCUACAACUCCUGAUCUUUUGAUCAAGACAUUUGAGCAAUACUGCGAGUACAGGAAGACGCUCAACGGUGUUAUCAUGUCUCCAAACCAGAUCGGUCGCUGGCUAGUUAUUUUCUGCGACGAAAUUAACCUUCCGGCCCCUGACCGGUACGGAACGCAGCGUGCUAUCACAUUUUUGCGCCAGCUGGUUGAACAGAAUGGUUUCUGGAGGACAUCUGAUAAAACAUGGGUUACUCUGGACCGCAUUCAAUUCGUCGGAGCGUGCAAUCCUCCAACUGAUGCUGGUCGUACACCACUAGCCGAAAGAUUCUUACGCCAUUCUCCGUUGAUCAUGGUUGAUUAUCCUGGGGAAAUUUCGCUCACACAGAUUUACGGCACCUUUAAUUCCGCUGUUCUGAAAAUUCUACCCCUUCUGCGCGGCUACUCCGAGUCUCUAACCAAAGCCAUGGUGCAGUUCUACUUGGAGUCUCAGGCCAGGUUCACUGCUAAGAUUCAACCCCAUUACGUGUACUCACCUCGUGAACUUACUCGGUGGGUCCGCGGUGUGUAUGAGGCUAUCAAGCCUCUCGAGAGUCUUACUGUAGAAGGUUUAGUUCGAAUUUGGGCACACGAGGCUUUGCGUCUUUUCCAAGAUCGGCUUGUCACCGAAGAGGAGAGGAGUUGGACCGCCGAUGCGAUUCGUCGCAUUGCACUCGAUAACUUCCCUACCAUUAAUGAUGAACAAGCCCUGAAGGGACCAAUCCUGUUCUCCAACUGGCUGUCCAAGCAUUACGUGCCCGUGGAACAGGAACGACUGCGCGACUUCGUUAAAGCCCGACUGAAGACGUUCUGUGAGGAGGAAGUCGAUGUUCCUCUUGUCUUGUUUAAUGAUGUCCUGGAGCAUGCAUUGCGUAUUGAUCGUGUUUUCCGCCAGCCUCAAGGUCAUCUCAUUCUGAUUGGUGUCAGUGGAAGUGGCAAAACAACGCUAUCCCGUUUUGUUGCAUGGAUGAACGGUUUGAAGGUGUUCCAAAUCAAGGUGCACGGAAAGUAUUCUUCUGAAGACUUUGACGAUGAUUUAAGGAGCGUCCUCCGCCGGGCGGGAUGCAAGGGCGAGAAGAUUUGCUUUAUCAUGGAUGAAGCAAACGUUCUCGACUCCGGAUUUCUUGAACGUAUGAAUACCCUCUUAGCUAACGCGGAAGUCCCCGGUCUGUUUGAAGGGGAUGAGUUCUCUUCUCUGAUGACAGCAUGUAAGGAGGGUGCACAACGCCAAGGUCUGCUCCUUGACACUCAAGAAGAACUCUACAAGUGGUUUACACAGCAAAUUGUCAAGAAUCUGCAUGUUGUUUUCACCAUGAACCCUCCCGAGGAAGGAUUAUCGUCUAAAGCUGCCACAAGCCCUGCCCUGUUCAACAGAUGCGUUUUGAACUGGAUGGGUGAUUGGUCUGACCAGGCACUCUUCCAAGUUGGUUCUGAGUUAACACAGUCUGUUGAUCUGGACAAACCCAAUUUCGUUGCGCCUGAUAGCAUACCUGUGGCUUAUAGAGAUCUGAAUCUUCCCGCAUCUCAUAGAGAUGCAAUUGUCAACGCCAUGGUUUAUAUCCAUCACUCUUUACAGCGAUUUAACCAGCGUCUGCAAAAACAACAAGGCAAGACAACAUACCUUACACCUCGUCAUUACCUUGACUUUGUUGCUCACUAUGUGAAACUCUUCAAUGAGAAACGGGAGGACCUAGAGGAGCAGCAAAGACACUUGAACGUCGGUCUCGAGAAACUGAGAGAUACCGUAGAUAAAGUUAGUGAUCUGCGCGCCAGUCUUGCACAGAAGAAGACGCAGUUGGAACAGAAAGACAAAGAAGCGAAUGAGAAACUGCAGCGCAUGGUUGCUGACCAACAGGAAGCGGAGCGACGCAAAGCGGCAUCUCUCGAGGUACAAGCAGCCCUAGAGAAGCAGGAACAGGAAGUGGCCAGCCGCAAGGAGGUUGUCCUUAAUGACCUUGCUCGCGCCGAGCCUGCUGUGUUGGAAGCAAAGAAGAGUGUGAGCAAUAUCAAACGUCAGCAUCUUACCGAAGUCCGUUCUAUGGGCAAUCCCCCAGCUAGUGUUCGUCUUGCUCUUGAUGCUGUCUGCACUCUACUUGGUCACAGAGUCGACAGCUGGAAGACCAUCCAAGGCAUUGUACGAAGGGACGAUUUCAUCGCCAGCAUCGUCAAUUACAACAACGAAGAACAGAUGACGAGAAACCUUCGAGUUAGGAUGCAGAACGAUUUCCUUUCCAAUGAGGACUUCACCUAUGAGAGAGUCAACAGAGCUAGUAAGGCUUGUGGUCCUCUCGUUCAAUGGGUCGAAGCUCAGGUCAAUUAUUCCGAGAUCUUGGAUCGCGUCGGACCCUUGCGUGAAGAAGUGGGCAAACUGGAAGAGAAAGCUUUGAAUACCAAAGCCGAGGCGCAGGCCAUUGAGAAUACCAUCCAGAGCCUCGAAAGUAGUAUUGCCACAUACAAGGCGGAAUACGCUGCCCUCAUCAGUGAAACCCAAGCGAUCAAGACAGAGAUGUCUAGAGUUCAGUUCAAGGUUGAUAGGAGUGUCCGUUUACUCGACAGCUUGGCAUCCGAGCGUACAAGAUGGGAGGAGGGUAGCCGAUCAUUCGAAACACAGAUCAACACCCUUGUUGGUGAUGUUCUCAUUGCUGCAGCUUUCCUCGCCUACGCAGGAUUCUACGAUCAGCAAUUCCGAAAAGCCAUGGUGGAUGACUGGGUCAACCAACUUGUACAAUCUGGAAUCAGCUUCAAGCCUCAUAAUCCGAUAACUGAGUACCUGUCGAAUGCUGAUGAGCGUUUAACUUGGCAAGACCAUUCACUCCCCGUCGAUGAUCUUUGCACAGAAAACGCUAUCAUCUUGAAGCGUUACAACAGAUAUCCAUUGAUCAUCGAUCCCUCUGGUCGUGUCACUGAAUUCUUGCAAAAGGAAAGCACGGAGAGAAAGCUCACUGUUACUAGCUUCUUGGACGAUUCUUUUGUCAAGCAACUUGAGAGUGCUCUGCGUUUCGGAAACCCUAUUCUUAUCCAAGAUGCCGAGUAUUUGGAUCCAAUCCUUAACCACGUUCUCAACAAGGAAUAUCAGAAGACUGGAGGUCGUGUUCUGAUCCAACUUGGUAAACAGGAAAUUGACUUCUCACCCUCAUUCAAGCUAUUCUUGUCGACAAGGGAUCCGUCUGCUGCUUUCCCACCAGAUGUCUGCAGUAGAACAACAUUCGUCAAUUUCACUGUCACUCAAAGUAGUUUGCAGACCCAGUCUCUCAAUGAAGUCUUGAAGUUCGAGCGGCCUGAUGUUGACGCGCGACGUACCGAUCUAGUCAAGCUGCAGGGAGAGUUUAAGGUUCAUCUUCGUCAGCUUGAAAAGAAACUUCUGCAGGCUUUGAACGAGUCCCGUGGCAACAUUCUGGAUGAUGAUAAUGUUAUUGAGACUCUCGAAACGUUAAAGAACGAGGCGGCAGAGAUCUCGAAGAAGAUGGUGGAAACCGAGGGUGUCAUGACUGAGGUGGAGAAUAUCACACACAAUUACAGCAUCAUUGCCCGCUCCUGCAGCGCUGUAUUCGCUGUGCUAGAACAGCUUCACCAUGUCAACCACUUCUACCAAUUUUCGCUUCAGUUCUUUGUUGACAUCUUCCACUCUGUCCUCUACAAUAACAAGCGUCUCGCCCGGGAGAAGGAGCAUUCUGCACGAGUCCAGAUCAUUCUUCGAGAUCUGUUCAUUACAACCUACCAGCGAACAUCCCUGGGAUUGGCCCAGAAGGAUCGUAUUACGCUGGCGAUGCUCUUAGCACAAGCCGCCCCAUACCCCAUGGAUAAAGGGAUCAUUGACAUCGUCCUGGAUGAAUCAACAGAGGGUGUGGAUCUGUCAACAUCUCCAGAGCUUAAAGAUCAAGUGAUGAACAGGAUUUCCAACAUGACAGUCUUUAAAGCGAAGUUUCCAGCGGUGCCCGCAGAACAGUGGGACCAAUUCUUCGGCGAAGAGCUCACAGAAAACUUUGUCCCCAUUAUCUGGGAGGAGAAUACUGAGCCUAUCAAUCAAUUACUUCGCUCGUUGUUACUUGUGAAGCUUUGCAGAAUGGACAGGUUUGUACCAACUGCUGAGCGCUUCGUUGAAGCUGUCUUUGGCCGUGAGCUGUUCGAAGGAAGUCCCGACUUGAAGGAUAUUGUUGAUCAAGUGACUGCUACUACUCCUAUUUCUCUUAGCUCAAGUCCAGGUUUCGAUGCUAGCUACAAGGUCGAUGCCCUGGUUGAACGCAUGCAGGCGACUUGUGCGAACAUUGCAAUGGGUUCGAACGAAGGUCUAAAGAGCGCUGACAAGGCGAUCAGCAAUGCAGCAGCAGCAGGAACCUGGGUUUUGAUCAAGAACGUACACCUGGCACCCUCAUGGCUGCAAAGCCUUGAAAAGCGACUUGAGUCCCUCAAACCUCACAAAGACUUCAGACUCUUCCUCGCGAUGGAAUCCAGCCCCAAGAUCCCUGUCAACCUCAUCCGCGCCUCCCGUGUCCUCAUGUAUGAGCAGCCGGCUGGUGUACGUGCCAACAUGAAGGACUCACUUUCAUCAUUGUCCGUCAGGGCUGGUAAGCUACCAGUCGAGAAAGCUCGUGUCUAUCUUCUGCUUUGCUUCUUGCAUGCUGUUGUUCAAGAAAGACUUCGUUAUGCUCCUAACCUUGGUUGGAAGGGUUUCUGGGAGUUCAAUGAUAGCGACUAUGAAUGCUGCGCCUACAUUAUCGAUCACUGGGUUGACAACGUUGCCCAGGGCCGAUCCAACGUCGCACCUCAGAAGCUCCCAUGGGACAUGAUUCGCACGCUUGUGACUGAAACAUACGGCGGAAAGGUUGACGACCAUGGCGAUUUCCAGCAACUAGAGAGCUUAGUCGACAGCUUCCUUACCCCGGUAGCCUUUGAGGAUGACUACAAACUGGUGUCUGGCGUCGAGAACGACGAAUGCUUGACCCUCCCUGGCACAACAGGUAUCCGGGACUUCGUCGAGUGGGUCAAUCGACUCCCUGAGAGAGAGCCCCCGACAUACCUCGGCUUGCCAGCCAAUGCGGAGAAAUUACUAUUAGUCGGUCAUGGUAACAAGGUGAUCUCGGACUUGGCCAGGGUGACUACGUUGUUGGAUGAAGGGGAGCAAUUGAUGGUUGAUGCCUGAAUCGAGGGUUCGUGAUCUCAAAAACUGUCAAUUUCCCAUUUUCUCGCGGUUUUCAUUUCCCUCUUCCUUUUUUCUUUUUUGUCUAUUUCAUGUUGCCUAAUUCUUUGUCAUAGAAUAUACUCAGUGCCGCAGGCGGAUACUUUCUUGUCAAUCUUCUUCUAAUGAUGUAUUCUGGUCUAUUCGUCGUUCUAUAUCGGUCGCUGUCUACAUACCUUGUCUUUUUUUUUUAAAAA